UUCCGGGCUGUGAGAGAGUUGGGGUGUGCGGCGGGGGAGGGGAGGGUCUGAUAUCCUCAGGUUGAGAGUCAAGUCCUGGGGGAGCGGCAUGGGCAGGGGUGGCCGGGGAGAGGCGGAGGAUGGAGCGCGAACCAGAAAGCGCAGAGGACCCUCGGCCCGCGCCGCACCCGCUGUGAUUAGCUCCAGAGGCGCGAUCCGGGAGGGCGGACUCUUUCUUAACCCUCAUUGUCUCCUCCUCCCUCUUCCUUUUUAAAAGACGCCUUGCGGGCAGAGCUGUCAGCAACCCCGCGGCCGUUUGUACUUGGCCGCGGCGGAGCUGACUCCUGCUCCUGUGACAGAUAGGGGCGGGGACUGAGCGGCCGCCUGUCUGGGGUACUCGCACGUGGGGAACAAAUUCUUUUCCUCCGGCUCCUCUCGGGACCCGGCGAUUGCCACAGGUUGGGACUCUGUGCGGCGCUGGAGUUGGCAGCCCCGGGCGCGAUGGCUCCCUUGAGGAGUGGGGAGGGAGGUGGCCGGGGGGUUGGCGCGCCCCUCGCGCUGGGAGCGCUAUGAGCCGGGCGAAGGGCGGCAGCGACAGCCCCAGCAACUGCCUCUGCCGGCGCCUCCCGCGGGCCCUCGCCAACUCGCCCCGCGCACCAUGCUGACUCCCGGCCUGCGGAACUCGUAGUGCAGCCCCUGUCGCCUCCCCGGCCCCUGCUAUCCCACGCAGGACUGGCUUCGGCCGCCGGGGCCAUCAGCUUGCGACGUGUCCCUGGGGAGGCGGAAUCGCUGUGCGCCCUGAGCCCGGGCUCAGCCCUUCGCUUUCCAGCUGCGUCCUGCUCCCGGCCGCCCAGGGAGCCCAGUGGCGAUGAGGGCACUGCUGGCGCUUUGCCUUCUCCUUGGCUGGCUGCGCUGGGGCCCGGCGGGCGCCCAGCAGUCCGGAGAGUACUGCCACGGCUGGGUGGACGUGCAGGGCAACUACCACGAGGGCUUCCAGUGCCCAGAGGACUUCGACACGCUGGACGCUACCAUCUGCUGCGGCUCCUGCGCGCUCCGCUACUGUUGCGCCGCGGCCGACGCCAGGCUGGAGCAGGGCGGCUGCACCAACGACCGCGGCGAACUGGAGCACCCAGGCAUCACUGCGCAGCCUGUCUACGUCCCCUUUCUCAUCGUCGGCUCCAUCUUCAUUGCGUUCAUCAUCCUGGGCUCUGUAGUGGCUAUUUAUUGUUGCACCUGUUUGAGACCCAAGGAGCCCUCACAGCAGCCAAUCCGCUUCUCACUCCGCAGCUAUCAGACAGAGACCCUGCCCAUGAUCCUGACCUCCACCAGCCCCAGGGCACCCUCCCGGCAGUCCAGCACAGCUACGAGCUCCAGCUCCACAGGCGGCUCCAUCCGCAGGUUCUCCUUUGCCAGGGCUGAGCCGGGCUGCCUGGUGCCCUCACCGCCCCCGCCAUACACCACCAGCCACUCAAUCCACCUGGCUCAGCCAUCUGGUUUCCUGGUGUCACCCCAGUAUUUCGCUUACUCCCUCCAGCAGGAGCCCCCACUGCCUGGGAAGAGCUGUCCAGACUUCAGUUCCAGUUGACACGCCCAGGCCAUGAAUCCACAACUCAGUCAGAUGGCAGACAGGUGGAGCCCUGCUGCCAUUGCCACAUGCAAUUCUGAGAAAAUUUCCCUUGAUCAGUGUCAUGGAGGAGCAUGCUAGGAAAACACAGCACCUUCUAAUUUGAAAGUUCCUGGCUCCAAUCACAGAAAGGCUAAACCAGAGAACUGUUUUCUGGUUUUGCAAACAUGUGAUCAUUACAUUUCAAUUUAUGCUACUUUUAUUCAAAAUAUGCAGCAGUUUGACUUUAAAGUUGCAAACUGGCUAAAAACGUUUUACUGGACAUUCAGCUAUAUUGCUUAGAAAAGGGCUACAUGUUUCUUUUUCAUAUAAGUUGUUCAUUGAGUUAUGAUAGGAAUAUAUUCAUAAAUAAGCAAAGAAAAAUACCUAAUUGUAAUUAUCAAAGGUUCACUUAAAAAAUUAACUAUUAGGUAAACUUAAGGGGGCAGUGAAAAAUCUAUUUAUGAUUUCGGGAGUAACCUAACCAUGAAUAAUAUUAGCAUAAUGAGAACAUUUACUUUUUAAAUAAAUAACUAAAUUUUGUUUACAAUAUGAGUUUUUCCAGAAUACAAGGUUUCAAUAAUCACAUGAGGAGUUUAAAGUUUUAAAUAUAUACUCAGACAUUCAUUGUAACACAGAGUGUAUGUAAAAUCAUUUCCCCCACUCACUGGAGGGAGUAUUUAUUGCAGACUUUUUGUUCAGCAACAUUUAGUGUUUCAGUGAAAGUUGGACAGUUGGGGCUUAAAACAUUUAUUUGUAAAAUGAGCUAUGUACAAAUGUAAAUAUUUGUAAUUUAAUGUAUUUACCACAUUGACUGUACUAAUUAUUUAGUAGUCAUACUGUAAUUUUUAUGUUAAUAAUAACUGGAGUUCAAAGUCUAGCUAUUGGUAUAAUCAUCUAAUAUUAUAUAUAUCUCCAGUGCCCCUGAAUUUUAUGUCUGAUGACUAUAUAUUUGGGCAUAUAUCUUGUUGGAUUAGAAUAAAUAAAAUACUUUAUGUUUUCAUGAACUCUA